CGCAUGGGCCGGGUGCAUGCGGCUUGGGAGCCGUGAGCGGAGCCCUCGGUUCGCGGGCUGGGGCUGCCCGUGCGGCGGAGCCCGAGGCCGGCCGGGGCUGGGCGCCGUUCACUGCCCAUGGAGCCCGAGGCGCUGCGCCGCCGGCUGGCCGCGGCCGGGCAGAGCCACCUGUUGCGCUUCUGGGCCGAAUUGGGCGACGCGGAGCGGCGGGCGCUGUGCGAGGAGCUGCAGAGCCUGGACUGCGAGGCGCUGGGCGCCUGCUUCCGCCGGGCCAUGGAGGGCGCGGGCGCGGCCGACCGCGACAAGGUGGACGGGCGGAUGGAGGCGCUGCCGCGGGCUGUGCUGGGCAGCGCCACCCGAGACGUGGGCCUGCUCCCCGAGUGGGAGCGCGAAGGUCUCCAUCAGAUUUCUCAGAGCAAAGUAGCUGUCCUCCUCCUAGCUGGUGGACAGGGGACGAGACUGGGUGUUUCUUAUCCCAAGGGAAUGUACGAUGUGGGGUUGCCAUCCCACAAAACACUCUUCCAGAUCCAAGCAGAGCGCAUCCUGAAACUACAGCAGCUGGCUGAAAAACAGCAUGGCACCAAGUGUGUCAUUCCAUGGUACAUCAUGACAAGUGGCAGAACAAUGGAAUCUACAAAGGAGUUCUUCUUGAAGCACAAUUACUUUGGUUUAAAGCAGGAAAAUGUGAUCUUUUUCCAGCAAGGGAUGCUGCCUGCUAUGGGGUUUGAUGGCAAGAUUUUUCUGGAAGAGAAGGGCAAAGUUUCCAUGGCACCAGAUGGCAAUGGGGGGCUGUACCGAGCCCUUGGCGCCCAUGGCAUCGUGGAGGACAUGGAGCAGCGAGGCAUUUGGAGCAUCCAUAUGUACUGCGUUGACAACAUCUUAGUGAAGGUGGCUGACCCCAGGUUCAUUGGGUUCUGCAUACAGAAGGGAGCUGAGUGUGGUGCAAAGGUGGUGGAGAAGACAAACCCCAUGGAGCCAGUGGGCGUAGUGUGCAGAGUGGAUGGCAUGUACCAGGUGGUGGAGUACAGCGAGAUCUCCCUGGCCACAGCACAGAAACGUAGCUCUGAUGGCCGGCUGCUGUUCAACGCAGGCAACAUUGCCAAUCACUACCUCUCAGUGCCCUUUCUGAGAGAUGUUGUCAACAUUCACGAACCUCAGCUGAAGCACCACGUGGCUCAGAAGAAGAUUCCGUACGUGGACAUCACCAGUGGGCAGUUGGUCAAGCCAGACAAACCGAAUGGCAUCAAGAUGGAGAAGUUUGUCUUUGACAUCUUCCAGUUUGCCAAACAGUUUGUGGUAUACGAAGUGCUGCGUGAAGACGAGUUCUCUCCUCUGAAGAAUGCAGACAGUCAGAAUGGGAAAGACAACCCCACCACUGCCCGACAUGCCCUCAUGUCGCUGCACCAUUGCUGGGUCCUCAAUGCUGGAGGCCACUUUGUGGAUGAAAAUGGCACCCGCAUCCCUGCGAUUCCCCGCUUCACAAGUGGAAAGCCAGAUGCCAUCACAGCUGAUGUCAAUUGCAAUUUGAAGGAUGCUAACGACUUGCCCAUUCAGUGUGAAAUUUCUCCUCUCAUCUCCUAUGGUGGAGAAGGUCUGGAAAAGUAUGUGGAAAACAAAGAAUUUCAUGCGCCGUUGAUCAUUGAUGAAAAUGGGAUCUAUGAGUGGGUGAAGAACAGUGUAUAGACUCUUUUGCAGGAAGCCAGCAGACCCAGCAUAGCUUGUGACUUUAACUGUCAGACUGUGAAUCCAAACAGAUGAAGAUUGUAGCUGUAAAUUGUAGGGGGUGAUCUUGCCCUCUGAAUUCCCUGGCUCAUGGCACAUGAUGGUCUCUAUAUUUUAAUUUGAAAAACAAACACUUCAGUCAGUCCCCUGAAGCUAAGUACAGAUGUGGUGUUGCUCUCCACGCUUUGAGCAUAGGCAUUUAUUUUAAAUGUGUAUAAAAUAAUAAGCAAUUGUACAUGCUGAAGGGUUUUUAUGGUACGAGGAGGGGUUCAUAUUACAUUUUAUUUUUUCCUCAAAUAGACAUGACUAUCUUUAAAAACAAAAAUAGGAUCGAUGUCACUGUCCACAUUCUGCCUUUUUAGAGUCAUCAUUUUGUUAGCUAGUACAUCUGUUUUGGCUUCUCAUACACCACAUUACUAGGUAUUAUGUGCAUGGUAUUAAUAUAACAUACAUUAAGUAUGUGGGUGUUGGGAAGUUAUGUUAAUUGAUUGUAUUAUGCUCUUCCCACAGUUCUGUUCACCUAUGUCAAGUAUCUCAUAACACUGCAAAGUUGAAGUAAGCUUUGGCAUUAGAAAAUAGGAAACCUAUCAAAGCAAAGCUGCAUAAAUACCUUGUACCAAGUGCAGUUAGGGAGUACUUUCCUGGCUCAUCAACACUUGGAAUGUAAUAUUCAGAACAAGAUAUGGGAAAGUAUGGGGAGAAACCAAGAACAAAGCUGGCACAAACUAGUGGGUUAAAUUUAAACUUUAACUGGACGUACAUGGGUCAUUUAGCUUGUAACAAUCACACUAUAAAGAGAAGUGGGUUUGAGGGCAUAUCUUUGAAGCACACCUGUGAAAGGUGAACACGCUGCGAGAUAAGAAUUGCUUCCCAGAAGGAGGGUAUGUAUAUUUCCUCUUCGUAUUGUGCUGUUUUGUCUUUAAGCAAUAAAUUUGGCUAGGCUUGUUUAGUUGGUCCCUUGAACAUUCUUAGGCCUGGUUUACUCAGGAGGAUUAGGUUGGUUUAACUAUGUCAGUCGGGGGUGGUGGAAAAUCCACUCCCUUGUAUAGCGUUGUUAAGUUGAUCCAUCGCUUUAGCUACUGCCUCUCUGGGAGGUGGAUUACCUAUGCUGAUGAGUGAACCCCGCCCAUUGGCAUAGAUAGUGUCUGGACUGAAGCAUUACAGUGGUGCAGCUGUAGCAUUUUAAGUGCAGACAAGCCCUUAAUAAUGAACCAUAAGUGUAGUCAAAUCAAUUGGUUAUACCAUUAAUCAAUCAAUAAUUUGGCAAACCAGGCCAGGGGACGUUAGCCAAGCAUUAGUCAAACCCGUUUGUCCUGAGGUCAUGAGCUAGCCAGUUGGAUUUGGAAUAUCAGUUUCCUAGAGGUUGGACUUUGGGAGUCCUUGCCAAGUCGGGGGAAAAAUUAUAAUAAGUGUUACUUUGGCAAAUAACUGGUUAACAAAGAUUAUGGAAAGCAAAAACUGCUUUCUGCACAUAAAGCCAUAUUUUAAGAAUAUUUAAAGAUUAAUUAUAAGUAAAAUGUUUUCUGCACAAAAUACCCAGAUAAAGCAAAGUCUAAAGUGGCCACUAUUUGCAACAAAACACUAUGUUAUGCUAAAACACCGUAUAGAAAUAUAAAAAUAUAAGCCAUAGCAAAGGGAGAAACAGGACAUUUUAAAGCAUGUUAUCAUACAGUACACAACAGACCAUGGCAGUGAUUUGGUCACAUUAAAGGCAAUCCAAAAAGUGAUCCAUGGAGUCAUGUAUGUAAUCUGUUUAAAUUGGAGAUGGAGGGAAAAGGCAAAAAAGGGAGAAGACAAAGAGCAGAAAGAAAUGGGUGUUUAUACACACAUUAACCAAAGCAAGGAAGGGCACUACUGUAAACAAUUUUGAGGGCAGACAAAAGCAGCAGGCACUUGGGGAACAAAUACAGGUUUUGCAGGGACAGGUAGCAAUCCCCACACUCCUCCCGGAGCCAGGAUAAAAACCAGAGGUCCUGGCUCCCAGCCCCUCCUUCCUCCCUCCCUUUUCCCCAACCCCAUACACAUGCACAGAACCACUUCUCUCCCAGCCGAUGAUAUAACCACCUCUCUCUAAUAUUUUUACUUUCAGUUCUAGCUUUUUCUUUGUCCUUUCUCUGUCAAAUCCUCCCCUUCUCUUUUAUAUUCUUCAUUUGGCUUAGUUUGCUGAACUUGCUGCUGCUGUCUGUGCUUUGGAAUGCCCUCACAGAAUUAAGUAUCAGAGGGGUAGCCGUGUUAGUCUGGAUCUGUAAAAAAGCGACAGAGUCCUGUGGCACCUUAUAGACUAACAGACGUAUUGGAGUAUGUGACAUGCAUCUGACAAAGUGGGUAUUCACCCACGAAAGCUUAUGCUCCAAUACGUCUGUUAGUCUAUAAGAUGCCACGGGACUCUUUGUCACUUCUCACAGAAUUAAUUAAUUUCCCUUGGCUUGUGCCUACUUCCUUUCCUAUAUCGAUUCUGUGACUUCUUCCCUUCCUGCAAUUUAAAAAGUGAUAGUUAUUACAGAAACCCCUGUUGCAGAAAGAGACAGAAAAACUAAAAGAAACAGAUUACCAAAAUGCCAAAGGUAAAAGCUUUACUUUAAAUAAAUUCAGUAAAAUGAAUAAUUUUAACCAUUCUGGAAAUCAAUAACUAAAGAAGAUAUGGUUGCCAAGCAACAGAAUGCUAACUCUGCUUUUGAUCCUAAAACUGCUCUCUUUUUUUUUUAACUAGACACUAACUAAUUAAUAUAUACAUGGAUUUUUCUUAUUUCUGUAUAGUAGUAUUCUUAAGGUAAAAGUAUUGUAAAGUAAUGUAAGUUGCCUUAAGUUAACUAAAUUGAUACAACUGAGUGGGCAAAUAAAAUAGGGAUUUUAAUCAAUUCUUAUUAAAAGUUUUUUUAAAAAAAAAAUAACUUGCCUAAUUGUUUAAUUCUUUCAACUUUUUGUUUUGUAGCAUACCUUGCCAUAGUAACUUUUUUAACUCUUACUGCUUCAUCUUGUAUAUUUAAAAUAACAAUUUUGGCACCAUUUGUCUUUAAUUGUAAGUAAUCCUAUGUGUCAUAUGUUGUCCUAUGUGUUAUGUUUUGUGGAUCAUGUGACUAUUCUUGCUUUUAUUUUAUUUUACUAUAUUUUUCAGUUUUUUUGCAACAAAAUCAAUUUUGCAUGCAUCAUUAUAAAAAUAUGUUUUUAACAUUAGUGGUACCACACUAUUUUGAUAUUAUGAUUGCACUUCAUAAUACCACUUCAUUUUUUCUGCAAAGUUCAAAAUGGCGUCAGUUGAUAAGUAUAUGUACAUAUAUUUCUGUCUCAAAGAAUAAUUCAACUGCAAACAAAUAAAAUGUUUUAAAACUGGGGGGGAAAAGGCCUCAAUGCAAAAAACAACUUUUAAUAAGAUCAUAACUUUUUUGUUAUAAACUUGGUUGCACCUUUAUUAAAUAUUAAAAUAUAGUUAAAUUAUUUUAUAACCAAAGUGUUUAAACUAUAACAAUAUAUAUUAUGUCUCAUUAUGUUGCACAAUGUUCAAGUUAACCAAAUAAAUUUCAACAGAUUUCUC